UUUAUUUUUUUGGCGACCAGAAUUUACUAUUAUUGCCGUGGCCAAUCAGGUGUGCACCGUCUCCGAUCAGAGACGAAGCUCCGUAUUCGAACGGAGCUCCAGCAAGUGAAGUGCGCCCCGCUGCGAUAGGCUGCAGACAUGAAGGCCGCAUACGUUAACGCCGUUUGCGCAACCACGUUGGUCGUACUGGUUUUGUUGUUUUGCUAUAGCUUGAUUACCGAGGAUCGCGGCAACGCGAACAGAUGCAAGAUGUUCUACUGCUACUCGCCCAAAUUUCACUUGAUAUAUGUGUCCGGCCCUUCGAAUGCUUCCUACAGACUAUAUCGUUACAUCGACAAAUCCAACGACCGCCCCAGAGGGAUACCGGUCUUGUUCUUGCCGGGCACCGGCGGAUCCCACAUCUACUCGAAGUUCACCGGGUCGUCCCUCCUGCACAUGCGGCUGCGCGAGGGACUCAUUUUCGGGUUCGAGUACGACUCUUUUGAGGAGUUGGAGAGGCUCGCGCAGAGCUCGAUGCUGAACAAGUUCGACGUGUACGCGAUCGACUUCUUGCACGAGGAGAGUUUUUACUCCGCGUCGAUAUUGAGGUGUCAAAUCGAUUUUUCCGUUAAAUGCGUCAACCACAUUUUGUCUUUGUACGGCGCCGAAGCGACCGAGUCGUACACUCCCCCGAGUUCCGUCUUGUUGUACGGGUUCUCCAUGGGCGGCGUCGUCGCCAAGGGCAUCUACACGUCGCCCUUUUACGUGCCCGGCACGAUCAGGACCAUUUUCACGGUCAACACGCCACACGAUUUUUCGGCGUUUUCUAUUCUCGCCGACACCAAGCGGCUCGUGAGCGCCAUAAACCGGAUGUGGGCGACGCAGUGUCGAGACGAGCACAGCGAGCUCAGCCAGGUCGUCAUUGCCAGCUUUUCCUCCGGCUUUCUCGACAUACAGGUCCCGGCCGCGCACACGAGUCUCAACGCGGUACACAAUUGUCCCUAUCAAUACUCUGCCGUCACCACCUCCAUGUACAACGUUUGGAGCUCCACCUACCACAACAUGGUCGUCUCGUGCCACCAGUUUCAGAACGCCUUGGCCUUCGUCAUCGCCAGCAUGAUCGACCCACAGACCAGGCAAAUCUACCACUCCGCGCACAAGAGGUUUUCGGUCAUCAAGAAGCUCGAGCCUCGCAUAAAGAGGGCCCUUCGCUUCGAGCCGCGGCUCCCACAGCGGGCGCUCGACCCCCUGUCGCAAAGCGAGCUCAACGGCUUUUUUCGAGGCGGACUCGAGUCUGCCGGCUAUUCGCCGCGCAUCAGGCAAUACACUCAUUUUUGCCCCUACCUCGAGCUCUUUAGGGGCCAUUCCCCCGCCGGUGGCCACGCCAGCCCUCGCCUGGUCUUCCCGUCCCCCGAUCCUCUCGACCCCGCCCUCAACUUCGACCUCGUCCAAUACCUCAAGUCCCUCUCCUCCACGCACGAAUUCACGCUCGCCGUCGGCCGCAGGACCGACCACUUGAUCAAGAGGUGGCACCUCGACGACUUCCCGCCGGGGUCUCUCUUCGUCCUCCACACCAACGUCGUUCGGCCGAACAUUCUCGUCCUCGUCGUCGACGAGACCACCAACCAACUCCUCAACCUCGACAACCAACUCGUCGCCAUACCCUACAAAUUCAAGCAGGACCACAACCACAGGCGCUCCUGGAAGCUCCAGAGGUCCUACCUGCUCGCCUUCAGGACCGACGACGACAGGCUCAAAAAGCUCACUGGCAAAAAAUCUUUGUACGUCCUCACUCACCAACGGUACUCCAAAGGCAUCUCCUUCUCCAGCAACAUCUACGACGAGUUCCCCAUAUAUGAUUCGAACCCGUUCCUCGCCGCUCAGGUCCAAAGCGACUCCGAAUCGCUCACCUGGAACGUCGCCAACCCAUUCAGAAGGGUCCUCAAACUCGACCCCUACCGCAUCCUCCACAACGUCACCUUUCCGCGCUUGAACCCAAUCCUCGUCUACAAGGUCGAGCUCCAGAGAACUGGCCCGCCCUCCGGCAGCUACGUGGAAAGCGUCAACGGAUCCGACGCGACGCAAAGCAUUCUGUCGCACAUCAUUCUUUACUCCCCCCACCUCGGCGAAGUUCGUCACUCCGACUCCUACGUCUUCCUCAAAUACCACGCCAACAGACACGGCCUCAAGCACAACGACCCCCUCCACCCGCCCGCACCUCCUGGCGAAGCCCCGCCGUCGCCGCGCUCAACCGACCCCGACCACGCUCCCCUCCGCCUCGUCGUCCUAACCGACCCAAGAUACACCUACCAAUUGGCGGCCUCCAUCAGCUGGGUCCACACCGUCUCCCUGGUCGCGAGAAAUUGGGCCCUCAUCGUCCUCAACGUCUUCGUGUUCAACUCCUUCGUCAUCUUUCACCACUACCGCGUGCUCCUCACCAACCGCCACUGCUCGCCUCAAACCUCCCCCCUCGGCCGCGACAAAUGCUCCAGGGGACCCCUCCUCCACGUCUUCGAUGUCGUCACCUACAUGCUGCUCAACUACCACUACUACCUGUUCUACGUCCUCCUCUCCGUCUGCAUGGCCCUCUAUUGCUCCAGCUACGCCUCCAACCACCACGAGCUCUCCAUCCAAUACCCCCCCACGCUCACCCCUCACUGGACCUCCUUCCUCGUCCUGCUCUUCAUCCUCCUCGCCACAACCUGGAUCCACGCGCUCUUUUAUUCCCUCUUCCUCUUCGUGUUGUACCAAAUAUCCAACGCCGCCUGCUCGAUCUCCCGCCUCUCUCGGUCCGCGCUGCGCCGCCUCUUCAACCUCCUCUCCGGCGCCCUCCACCUCAAACCCCACCUCUGGCAAAACCGGCUCUCCCCUCUGCUCGCGCUCACCGGCAGCGCCCCCGAAAGCCCGGACUUCGUCGGCUGCUCGCUCUCCAAGCCAAACUCCGCCCCGCACUCGUCGUACCGCCACCCCAAAACCUUCGCCCUCAUCUUCGUCGCUCUUCUCGUCCUCAACUUCUACACUCACAGCAUCUACGCUCUCGCCGCCUGUCUACUACUCUCCCUGUUCUUCCACCGACGAAUACCCGUCUUCCCCCCCAAGCCCAACUCCCCGCAGGACAACCCCGCUCAAGUCAGCCUCAGAACCGAAGCCCACAUGUUCUUCCUCUUCGCGCAAAUUCUCUGCGCCGUCAUGCCCUACCUCGCCCACAAGUCCUCCAUCCUCCCCUACCGAGAGUCGGACUCCUACAAAAACCUGGGGCUGCUCUCCAUCAUCCAGACCCUGUUGGUCACCGCCAGAAAAACACACUCCGACAAAAAAAGAGAGCUCAAAACGGCCCUCAACUUCGCUCACCUGCUUCUCCUGGCGCUGCACUGCGUCUUUAUUUUUCCCACCGGAAGCCUUUUCACGUUCUACGGUACGCUGGUCAUCGCGAUACUCCAAGAAAUCGGAGACGUCUUCGAACCCAAGGUGGAACUCACAAAACCCACGCCCCUCCCUCCCUCCUUUUGCUAAAAGCGGGCGAGACGGCGGCCGACGCACCGGCCUCCGGCCCCUCGGAUUCUGUGCUGCGGACGCGAGCCGCGCGUCCGUUCAGGACAUCAUCAUGCGACUGUUCAAUAGUAAUAAAAAUAAAAACAAAAACUGGCA